AUGGCACAGUUGACGCACAGCAGUCAGCUUACAGCUUCACCCUCCAGCACGAUCGACAUAUCGAAAAUUGUGCGCACUGAGUUGCUGAAGGAGACCUGCCACGCGACCCGCUCUGACCUCCAAAAAGAGUUCGCCCAAAUUACGAACGCAGUGGGAUCGAUGAUUGAGGUGUCCCAGAUACGUGUCGACCGCCUCCUACCCCUCGUGCGCGAUGCGCACGAGAAGGAGGCGCUGCUCAAGCGCCAAUUGGAGAUCAAGCGGGCCGACCACUUGGAAAAUUGGACCGACUAUUUCACACUGGUUCUGCCGCAUGAUGUCGAGGAUCAGGACCUACAGUUCUUCGAGGUGGCGAAGGCGAAGGGCGCGGGCCAUCAGAAGCAGAGGCACGACGCCCCUCAACGAACACCCAGGACUUCCCCACAGCCGUGCUACCGUCGCCUCAGGUGUUGUUGCAUCGUGAUGUUGUUGUUCCAGAUCCUGAUGUGGCUGCUGCUGAUGUGGUCUCUGGGACUUAUCGACAUCGGUUGCUCCCUCGUUUCGGCCCCAGUGAUGUGGGCAGCUGUCAGCGGCGAGUGCACACAGAAUGGCACUUGCGUGGCAAGCCCAAAUUUCCCAGGGAAGUACGGGCACAUGCAGAAGUGCGUGUUGGGCAUCAAUUUAGCGUCUGUGGUGCCCAUCCGAGUCGAGCAUUUCCGCACUGAGCAGAGGUAUGAUAAGCUCGUGGUCAAUGGAGUGGAGUAUUCCGGAACUGCUAGCCCAGACGGCGUUAUCCCGACAGCGAGCAUUACGUGGACUUCGGAUGGUGACCAUAGUAACCAAGGGUGGAGGCUGUGCGAGGCCCCAGUCGAGCCAGUCGACGCUGCGCUGGAGCUGGCUCGCGAGCGAGUGACUGCAGCAGAAGUUCUGCGGCAACCGAUGCAGUUCUGCUGCGACCACUUCGACAUUGGCUGCUCCCUCGUGUCGGCCCUGGUGAUGUGGGCAGCUGUCAGCGGC